AUGUCGGCGCCAGUAACCCACGUCGACGAAAAGGCUUCACCACCCGUUCCCCAACGGUCGUCGCACGACGACUCCUCGACCGACGACCUGGAACGUAACAACAAGGAAUACAAGGCCAAGUCCGGAGGAGCAAGGGACGACCUCGUCGAGGUCAGCAGCGAUGCCGACUCCGAGGAGGCCUUGGCCGCGCAGCGCGUCAAGGAAGCCCAGGAGGGUGGUACGAUCAAGUACCGCACUCUGUCGUGGCAGAAGGCUGCCAUUCUUCUCUUUACCGAAUACGUCUGCCUCGCCAUCCUCUCUUUUCCCUGGGCGUUUUCCUACCUUGGCAUGGCUGGCGGCUUAAUCGCCACUUUCGCUCUCGGACUCGGUGCCCUCUAUACCUCGCUCAUUCUCUGGAGGUAUUGCUUGCGCCACCCUCAACUACUGAACAUCUGCGACAUUGGUUAUCAGAUUUUUGGUAAAAGCAAGAUCGCUUACGAGCUGACUGCGCUCGCCCUCGUGCUCAACAACGUCUUUAUCAUGGGCCUGCACACGCUCACCGGCUCGGAGAUUCUCAACACCCUCUCCAACCAUGGCACCUGCACGCUCGUCUUCUCUGUUAUCAUCAUGGUCCUCUCCAUUCUUCUCACCCUUCCCCGCAAGUUGGAGCAGCUCACAAUUCUCGGCAUAAUUUCGGCUGCAUCCAUGUUCAUUUCGAUUCUCCUCGUCCUCAUUUUCCACGGCAUUCAAGGCCCCAACCCUGCCGUCGACACCUUCGAAGAACCCGUAUACAUCACAGCUUUCGCUCCCAAGGGCACUGGCUUCGUCUCCGGCUUCUCAGCAGUUUUGAACAUCGUGUUCACUUGGAUCGGCCAUGCGAGUAUCAAGCGCCUUCUCCUCUUCGUCAUGAUCAUGUACCCGACUUUUAUCGCCGAGAUGCGCGACCCGCGCGAAUUUCCCAAGGCGCUUUACGCGGUUACGGUCGCCGAAUUUAUUUUAUUUAGCGUCACGGGCAUUGUGGUCUACCGCUACACCGGCCAGUACACGACGGCGCCCGCCGUCGGAACGCUCCGCCCCGUAUUUAAGAAGAUCGCCUUCGCCUUUGUGCUCCCGACGACGAUCAUCAUUGGCGUACUGUACGCGGCCGUGGUGGCCAAGUACCUCUUCGGCCGCAUCUUUAUCGGCACCAAGCACUACAACGAGCACACCGUCAUCGGCUGGGCGGGCUGGAUCGGCUGCGUCACGGUGACGUGGGUGCUGGGCUGGGUGAUUGGCGAAGCGAUCCCUUUCUUCUCGACGCUCCUCUCACUGAUGAGCGCGCUCUUCGACUGCUACUUUGGCUACAUCUUUUGGGCGUUUGCCUUCUUCGAGCUGUACAAGGGCCAGCUCUGGGUCGGACAGCCGUGGCUGCGAAAGCUCGAGACGGCCUUCCAGUUCGUCCUAAUCAUCACGGGUCUGUUCAUCCUCGGACCCGGCCUCUACGUGUCGGUGCAGUCGAUCAUCGACAACUACAACACGGGAAGCAAGCGCGACGACUGCUUCCCUUUCUACCCAUCGCACCGUCUCGAGAGUCCUCCUGUCGUCUCGCUUUCCGAGCCUAACGAAAAGAGGGUCCCACCCAGUACGCCUCCGCCCUGCAUCGGCUGCAUCGCACACACCUGCCGCCGGCCACUUCAUCCCAGUCUGCGCAUCCUCGUCCGGCUUUGCGCCGCUCUCUUCAUUGUACUCCUCUGUUUCGUCGUCCCCACCAAUCGCUGCGCCUCCUGCCUGCUUUCCUCCACUAGUCUUCGAGGGAUCCAGCCCAGAGACGACAACACUCCCUUCUGCAUGCUGCCCGUCCGUCGAUCCCUCCUCCGCACAGCGUCGCGGAACUCGUCGGCUUCCCAACGCGCGCUCACCUCUCUCACCACAGCAUCCCCUCGUCCCGCAGUCUCUACCGUCGCAAAGCUCCACCACUCUCCCAACGCACCCAACGCUAGCCGCCACCUCUCUUCCAUCGUCCUUCCUGGCCUCCCUGCUGCCCGCACCCCUAUUGCACCCAGCAUGGUUGCGUCCUCUUCCAUUCAUCGGGCUCCUGGCUCGUCGCGUCAGCUUGCCACGCCUGCAUCGGCGGCUAUCACCCUUGGCACCGGCUCGUUCGAGGGCUUACCCGCUGGAUUCGAGAUUCAGGAAACUCUCAACGGCUCCAAGGCUGCCGCUCCCUAUGCCGUCUUCACCAAGGACCUCGAAGUAUCGGCUCAGGAUGACAUGCGCUACCGUCUCGUCCGUCUCGCCAACGGCCUUGAGGCGCUUGUGAUCCAGGACCCCAAGACGGACAAGUCCAGUGCCGCCAUGGACAUCCGCGUCGGACACCUCAGCGACCCCGAAGAGCUUCAGGGCCUUGCGCACUUCUGCGAACACCUCCUCUUCAUGGGCACCAAAAAGUACCCUAGGGAAAACGAGUACUCCGAGUACCUCUCCAACCACUCUGGAGGCUCCAACGCCUACACUGGCAUGGACAACACCAACUAUUUCUUCGACGUCUCGCCCGACCACUUUGAAGGUGCGCUCGAUCGCUUCGCGCAGUUCUUCCUUGAGCCGCUCUUCGACCCGUCGUGCUCCGAGCGCGAGAUCAAGGCCGUCGACAGCGAGCACAAGAAGAAUCUGCAGAGCGACAUGUGGCGUGGAUUCCAGCUCGACAAGUCGCUCUCCGACCCCACUCACCCGUACUCGCACUUUGGUACCGGCAACUACCAGACGCUCUGGGAGGAGCCCAAGAGCAAGGGCAUGGACGUGCGUGAAGAGCUGCUCAAGUUCCACGACAAGUACUACUCGGCCAACGUGAUGAAGCUCGUCGUGCUCGGCAGGGAGGACCUCGACAAGCUCACCGGCUGGGUCAUCGAGAAGUUCUCGGGCGUCCGCAACACGGGUCGCGAGCCGCCGCUGUUCGACCGCAGCCCUCUCACCCAGGAGCAGCUGCAGAAGCAGAUCUUUGCCAAGUCGGUCCGCGACGUCCGCAAGCUCAAGAUCGCCUUCCCCAUCCCCGACCAAGGCCCGCAUUUCCGUUCCAAGCCUGGCUCCUUCCUCUCCCACUUCAUCGGUCACGAGGGCGAGGGCUCCAUCCUCUCUCACCUCAAGAAGAAGGGCUGGUGCGACCGCCUCUCUGCCGGCGCGACCGGCGACGCCAACGGCUUCGAGUUCUUCAAGAUCUCGAUCGACCUCACGCAGGAGGGUCUCAAGAACCACGAAAAGGUGCUCGAGUCCGUCUUCAAGUACAUCCACCUGCUCCGCACCAGCAACCUCGAGCAGUGGACGCACGACGAGGUGGCCCAGCUCGGCGAGCUCAUGUUCCGCUUCAAGGAGAAGAUCGAUCCCGCCGACUACGCCUCCAGCACGGCCACGCAGAUGCAGAUGCCCUACCCGCGCGAGUGGGUCCUGUCCGGCGCCUGGCUUACGCGCGACUUUGACCGCGACCUGAUCAAGCAGACGCUCGACCAGCUCACGCCCAACAACUGCCGCGUCGUCGUCAUGGCCAAGACGCUGCCUGACGGUAGCACCGAGUGGGAGAGCAAGGAAAAGUGGUACGGCACCGAGUACUCCAUCAAGCCGCUCCCGCAGCAGCUGCUCACCCAGGCACCCACCGAGUUCGAGGACCUCCGCCUGCCGCGACCCAACUCGUUCAUUCCGGCCGACUUUGACUUCAAGGGCCCGCUCGCCGAUGUCCAGGGCAAGAAGCCCACGCCGCGACCGCAGCUUGUCGUUGACAACGACAGCAUGCGUGUGUGGCACAAGCUCGACGACCGAUUCGGUCUGCCCAAGGCCAACGUCUUCCUCGUGCUGCGCAACCCGCUGAUCAACGCCACGCCCUCGACGUCGGUUAAGACGCGCAUGUUUGUCGAGCUCAUCUCGGACUCGCUCGUCGAGUACUCGUACGACGCAUCCCUGGCUGGCCUCAGCUACAUGCUCGAUACGCAGGACCAGUCGUUGGCGCUCUCGCUGGCCGGUUACAACGACAAGAUCCCCGUGCUGGCGCGCAGCAUUCUCGAGAAGCUGGCCAACUUCCAGAUCGACCCGCGUCGAUUCGAGCUGGUCAAGGACCGCGUCAAGCGAUCGUACGAGAAUUUCGCGAUCGAGGAGCCGUACCGCCACGCGGGCUUCUACACGACGUACCUGCUGCACGAGAAGAUGUGGACGCCGCAGGAGAAGCUGCGCGAGCUCGAGGAGCUCAGCGUGGGUGCGGUACAGCAGUUCCUGCCCGAGCUCCUGCAGCGCAUGCAUCUCGAGAUGCUCGUGCACGGCAACCUGGCCAAGGCUGAGGCGGUGGAGCUGGCCAACAUGGCGUGGAACACCGUCAAGGCGCGUGCGGUCAACAAGAGCGAGCUCGUCUCGAGCCGAUCGCUGCUGCUGCCGGAGAGCUGCAACCGCAUCAUGAAGGUGGAGGCGACGAAUGCGGCCAAUGUCAACAGCGCCAUCGAGUACUAUGUGCAGGUGGGCGAGCCGACCAACGUGCAGCUUCGCGCGGUGCUCUCGCUGUUCGAGCAGAUGGCCACGGAGCCCGUGUUCGACCAGCUGCGCACCAAGGAGCAGCUUGGCUAUCUAGUCUUCAGUGCGAUGCGACGCAGUGUGGGCGGGAUGGGUUGGCGCAUCAUUCUGCAGAGCGAGCGCGAUGCGUCGUACCUCGAGAGCCGCAUCGAUGCGUUCCUGGACCAGUUCAAGGCGACGCUCGACAAGAUGAGCGAGUCCGAGUUCGAGGGUCACCGACGCAGCCUGAUCCACCGUCGGCUCGAGACGGUCAAGAACCUGUACGAGGAGUCGCAGCGCUUCUGGGCGCACAUCUUUGGCGGCACGUACGACUUUGCGUCGCGCUAUGCGGAUGUCGAGGCGAUCGCCAAGGUGACCAAGCAAGACGUUGUGGAUCUGUUCAUGAAGUACAUUCACCCGAGCAGCAAGACGCGCAGCAAGCUGUCGGUGCAGCUCAAUGCGACUGCCAAGCCUUCGGCGCGCUUCUCGGCGCAGGCGGUGGAUGCGCUCGAGCAGGCGGUGGCCUCGCAGGGGCUGACGGUGCCCAAGGAGGCAUGGGAGGCUCUGAGGGCGCAGCAGCCUGCGAUCGAGAGCGUCAAGGACAUGGCGUCCGAGGCGAUGGCGCAGAACCCCACACCCGUCCCCGCCGACGCAGUCAAGCAGAUGCUCGGUCUCGUCGACAGCUUGUCGGCCCAGUUCCCCUUUGUCGAGGAGAAGGCCGAGGUGUCAACGAGCAAUGUGACGAGCGCGGUGCCGGCCGUCGAGGUCAAGGACGCUGUUGCGUUCAAGGCGAGCUUGAACCCGAGCAAGGCGGCUAUGCCGGUGGUAUCGUUCGACCAGCAUGCCAAAGACCCGAGCGGAGAGGGCGACGAGGUGGCCCGUAUCGCAGAGGCCGUGUUGAAGGCCACCGCUGCCCCAGCCGCGGUCGAGGACGGCGAACCUAAGGCGAAUCUCUAG